GGGCUCCUUUAGUAUUCAUAUACUUUUUGCCUUUAACCUUUUGCUUUUAUUUCUGCCUGAUUGCUAACUUGUAAUAACCAUGCUUUUUGUUUUCGCAGAAGAGAUGUCUCAGCCCGAGGAUAGUCUGCGGGACAUAGACUUCGGGGGGAGUCCCCCAACAGGGCCAAGAUUGAAAAGGCUCCGAGGGUCCAAAAGCACGGCUGGGGGCUCCACCAAAUCUCCGGCAAAGGAGAAGGAAAAAACCCCACCAUCCCAAGUCGAGGGGGCAAUUCUUCUUGUUGGCGGAGCAGGACACAUGCCCCCGCCGACCCAGCGAUCUCCAUCAGCCGCCCAGGACGUGGGAACGGAGGUCGUGACCCCGGCUGCAGUGGCCCCCGGCGUACGCAUCACGGUCGACGCCCAGGAUCUGGAGAAGAUCCCAGAAGCCUUUAGGGGGACGGUGUAUGAGUCGGCGAGCUACGCCGUCAAACAUUUCUACAAGUUCAAAGAGAAGGAGCUCCGGGCUAUUGAGACACUGAGCCCGGUCCACGUAAUAGAGUCAUCGAUGGACAUGACCCUAACGGGCAUUGCUGCCGUACACCGAGGCAUCGCCAGGACCAGAGCUCAGCUCGAGGAGAUGAGGCUCAGGUGGCGAAAGAUGCGCUGGCGACCUCGAAGGCCGAGUUAGAGAGGACCCGCUCGAAGGUCAAAGAGCUUGAGACAUCCCUUGCCACCUCGCGAACUGACCUCGAGGCAGCGAAGACCGAGGCCCAGGCCGCCCAGGUCGCCCUUAAAGCUGAACGAGCCACCUCGAAACAGUCCAUGCAGGAACUGUUCUAUCGUUGCUGGGCCCACAACCCGGAGGCUGACUUCUCCUUCAUGCCGUCGGGUCUCUGGGCGCGCUUGUUGGUGAAGCUCCAAGCCCGCUUUGACAAAGAGGUGCCGCCUUUGGAGAUUGGGGAAGCCUCUGGUGCGGCGAAGCAGGAUGAGACCGCGACCUCCAAGGGGCCGA